AUGUCAGCUGCUGACUCGCCCAUCACGCCUACCGAUUCCCGGGGUGGGACGAUCCAACCCGAAUCGACCGUUCCCUCUUCUCCGAUGACCGAACCUGCCAACCAGGACCCGAAAGGACCCUCGGCGAAGGAAACAGGUGUGGAAGAUCAUGCAGCCAGGAAGGAUAAUACAAACGCCCCAAAUGGCGAGUCGGCGGGUGCAGGAGAAGAGGUAGACGACACGGAGGGCAUGGAUACCAAAGCCAAGGCCCUGAUGCAUCUUCUAAAAACCAGUUCGGUCUUUGUAGCCAUUAUGUCGGAUAAGAUGAAGAAACAACAGGAGGAGGCUCGACAACGGGCGGCGAAGCAGAAACAGGAGAUAGCCGAGCAAAAGACGAAACCGGAUACGGCCGCUGGCGCUCGACGUGAGACUCGAAAUCGAAACAAGGAGACAACUGCAGCUGAAGAUACUUCUACCGGGAAUGAAUCAGCUGUGGGGAGGACAAGAGGGCGUUCGCGCAAGAGCGGGGCAAAUGGGAGCACCAUCUCCAGCUACUUCAAGAAAGCCGAUGUCAAAGUCACCGAGGACAACCCCACAGUGCAGGAGGCGCUCGAACAGGCUGCAGAGGAUUAUGAGGCCAACCCGACUGCGCUUGGUGGGCAGGAGCUCGUCGCCACUCAGCAGCCCGCUCUAGUGACCGGCGGCAAGAUGCGCACCUACCAACUUGAGGGGCUCGAAUGGAUGAAGACUCUCUGGAUGAAUGGGCUUUGUGGAAUUCUCGCGGACGAGAUGGGACUGGGAAAGACCGUCCAGGCAAUUUCAAUGAUUGCUUUUUUAAAAGAGAACAAUGUUUCGGGCCCUUACCUCAUUGCAGCACCACUUAGUACCUUGAGCAACUGGAUCGACGAGUUCAAGAGAUGGACUCCCGACAUCGAGACUGUUCUCUAUCACGGUACCAAAGAGGAGCGUGCCACCCUUCGGAGUAAGUACAUGAAACAGCGUGAUCAGGGAAAAAUGGACUUCCCUAUCGUAUGUACGUCGUACGAUAUCUGCAUCAACGAUUCGAAAUUCCUUGGACAAUACCAAUGGCGGUACAUCGUUGUGGAUGAGGGCCAUCGCCUCAAGAACAUGAAUUGCAAGCUCAUCAAAGAAUUAAUGACCUACAACUCUGCAAAUCGAUUGCUCAUCACCGGAACACCCUUGCAGAACAAUAUCUCCGAGUUAUGGUCCCUGCUGCAUUUCCUCCUUCCGGAGGUGUUCAAUGAUCUAAGAAGUUUUGAAAGCUGGUUCGAUUUCUCGUCCGUCUUAGAUGACUCUGGCAAAGCAGAGGUCAUCGAGCGGCGGAAGCGCAAUCUGGUCACCACUAUGCAUUCCAUUUUGAAGCCUUUCCUUCUGCGGCGCGUUAAGACCGACGUCGAGCAUUCUCUUCCCAAGAAGCGCGAGUACAUCUUGUAUGCACCGCUUACUCCAGAACAGAAAGAGCUCUAUCGGGAGAUUCUGAAUGGCACCGGGCGGCAGUAUCUUGAAGGAAAGGCUUUGGAGCGCCUGACGGCCAAAAGCUCCAGCUCCAGCUCCACCCCCUCUCGUUCUCGGAGCUUGAAGCGUCAGCGUGACAAUGAUGAAUCAGAGACGCCAACGCCAAACAAAAGCCAACGUACAAGCCGAGAUGGCACGCCGGCCAAUGGCACAACUUCUGCUCGACGACGCCGAGCUCCGCAGAGCUACAAAGAUAUCAGUGAUAGAGAGUUCAAUACCAAGCUACGCAUGCUUGAACAAGGACUUGAGGACGAAGAAGAGUCUGCUGAGCCUAGUGACGCUGAGCUCGAGGAGAUUGAGCGGGCAAACAAUCUCAAGCUUGCAAAGAAAGAGAUAAGCCAGAAGAAAAUGAUGAACCCCGUCAUGCAAGCCCGCUUGGCCUGCAACUCGCCCCACAAUUUCUACUGGCCUUGGGUGGAUGAGUCCUCCACAGUGGAUGAGACCCUGGUGUCUGCUUCUGGGAAGAUGCUUCUCCUCGAUCGCUUGAUUCCUUAUCUCUUCAAGAAAGGUCACAAAGUUCUUAUAUUCUCCCAGUUCAAGACACAGCUCGAUAUUCUCCAGGACUGGGCUACCCAGUUGCGGAACUGGCCUUGCUGCCGAAUCGAUGGCGCAAUUGCUCAGCCCGAGCGACAGGCGCAGAUCAAAGCAUUCAAUACCGACAAAAGUCACAAAAUCUUCCUGCUUAGCACUCGUGCUGGUGGACAAGGCAUCAAUCUUGUUGCGGCCGAUACUGUUAUUAUAUUUGACUCUGAUUGGAAUCCACAGCAGGAUCUCCAGGCUCAGGACCGAGCACACCGGAUUGGUCAAACCAAACCAGUGAUUGUGUACAGACUGGCAACCAAAGGCACUGUCGAGCAGACCCUUCUUGAAAAAGCAGAUUCCAAGCGCCGUCUUGAGCGCCUGGUCAUCCAGAAGGGCAAGUUCCGUUCUCUUCUAGAGACAAGCAAUGCCCAGGACAUCGAGGAACUUCGGAAGGCCCUCGGUGAGGAUGAAUUUGAGCGCUUUGAGACUGGCGCCGAUCCUGCUUCCAUCCUUUCAGACCAUGACCUUCGGAUCCUGACGGAUCGUAGCGAGGAGGCCUAUGCUCGUGCUGAGAAGGGUCUUGAACAAAGUGGGCCUGCCUUUGUUGCGGUCGAAACUCAGCGUGAUGCGGGUGAGACUCUCAUGGCUUGA